AUGUCAUACCAAGGCCACUGCAAUUGCGAGAGCAUUCGCAUUACUCUUCCGGAGCAACCCGACAACACAGCUAUCUGCCAUUGCAAUUCCUGCAAACGCGCCGGUGGAAGUGCAUUCUCCCUCAACUACUUCGUCGACGAGGAUUCAGUGACCCUCGAAGACUCGGAAUCAUCAUUGAAGGUGUAUGAGGAUACCAAGGCUUUUAGUGGGAAUCUUGUAAAGCGCUAUUUCUGCUCCAAAUGCGGCAGCCCGGUGUAUACCAAGACCCCCAAGGCGCCUGGGAAGCUUUUCCUGAAGGCUUCGUUGUUUGAUACGGUCGCUGCGCCUACUUGUGAGGUGUUCAGUGAGAAGCAGCAUCAGUGGGUUACCGUUGCGACGCAUAAGCAGAUCUAG